AGACUACGGCAGUGGACAAGAGAGGAGGUCCUCCUGCUAUCCACUGUGCGUCCACUAACUAAGUGAUCAUGUCAGCCCCAGGUUACCCAUCCUCUCACCAGGGUCCUGGAAGUUACUCCACGGCACCCUACCCUGUUCCUCAUGGUGGGUAUGGUGAGCCUAACCAUGCUCCCCCACCGGUUGGCUUCCAUAUGGGCUACAACCAACAACAACCCCACCCAGGCCAGCCUGUGAUGUACCAGCCUGUGCCCAUGCCCGAAUAUGGGGUACCUCAAAUGGGCCCCAGCCCAGGCUAUGGUGGUCCCAUGCCUGGGCCCAGAUACGGUGCACCUCAGAUGGGCCCCAGCCAAGGCUAUGGUGGUCCCAUGCCUGGGCCCGAGUACGGUGUACCUCAGAUGGGCCCAGGCUAUGGUGGUCCCACGCCUGGGCCUGAAUACGGUGCACCGAACUCAGGCCCUCCUGCAGCCAUCUCCCCAGCCCCUGCAGCAGUUGUGCCUGUUGGAGUUCCACCUGGUCUGGAGUACCUAACACAGAUUGACCAGAUCCUUAUACACCAAAAAGUGGAGUUGCUGGAAGCGUUCAUUGGCUUUGAGACCAACAACCAGUACGAGAUCAAGAACAGCCUGGGUCAGAAGAUCUACAAGGCCAAGGAGAAGAACGACUGCUGCACACGCAACUGCUGCGGUGCCCUGCGUAGCUUCGACAUGAAGAUCAAGGACAACACGGACCGCGAGGUCAUCCGCCUCAUACGUCCCUUCCGCUGUGCCUCCUGCUGGUGCCCCUGCUGCCUGCAAGAGCUCGAGGUCCAAGCCCCGCCUGGCACCACCAUAGGCUAUGUGUCCCAGGACUGGAACCCCUGCGUGCCGAAGUUCUCCAUCAAGGGGGCCAACAAGGAGACCGUAAUGAAGCUGGAGGGACCCUGCUUCGCCUGCAACUGCUGCGGGGACGUCAACUUCAAGCUGAUGGGGGAAGAUGGAGGCAAGCCCAUCGGCCGCAUCAGUAAGCAGUGGAGUGGCCUGAUAAAGGAGGUCUUCACCGACACGGACAACUUUGGCAUCCAGUUCCCCAUGGACCUGGAUGUCAAGAUGAAGGCUGUGCUCAUGGGCGCCUGCUUCCUCAUUGAUUUCAUGUUCUUCGAGAAGGUUGGCAACACAAAGCAGCGCAACACCGUCUUCUCAUAACGUAGGAAAAGAAAGAAAGACUGAGCCCUUGAGUCAAUGCAGUCUGUUUUUCCGAUCCCGUUCGGAACCUCCAUUUUUUUCAGAAUCUAUAAGAAACUCCUUCCUUAUUCAAAAGCUUAGAGGACACUGCCAAUCCCAGAACUCUUUGUGUGAAACACAACAUGAGCUUACAUUUGAGCCAAAAUGCCCUCUCUGGACUGUUUCUGUGUAUCCAUCCAAAUGUAAGAAUCAGCAACUGGGCUAUGAGACAUAGUUGUCUUUAAUGGGUUUCUCCACUCUCUGCAUGGAAUGUGUUUAUCUACGGUAUGUUUUGUCAUAUCUCUAUUUUCUAUUUGUUUUCUAUAACAUUGAUGUGGGGUUCAGAACAGUAGGCUUAAUGGAAAAAUACCAGUUAUAUAUUAACCUAACUUUACAUAUUCUUUGCGAUUUCUGUUUUGUCUGUGUGCAAUGGUAUAUUUUACAUCAUGUUAUUUGUAAGCCAAAUGUAUAUGUUAAUCUAUCUAUACUUCACCAGCCAUGAAAUUAUUACUGUAGACGUCUAGGUAAUUUCAUGAUUAGUCUAGUACUUUUAAAGAGAUUAUAGGAUUAACACUUGCAAUACACUACUAUACUAACUGUAGCAGCUGUGGUUGUACUAGCUGCUUUGUUAGAUUUUUGUAAGAUGACCACGUACACUACCAUUCAAAAGUUUGGGGUCACUUAGAAAUGUCCUUGUUUUUAAAAGAAAAGCAAAUUUUUUUUGUCCAUUUUAAAAUAGCAUCAAAUGGAUCAGAAAUACAGUGUAGACAUUGUUAAUGUUGUAAAUGACUAUUGUAGCUGGAAAUGGCAGAAUUGUAAUGGAAUAUCUACAUAGGUGUACAGAUGCCCAUUUAUCAGCAACCAACCCUCCUGUUUUCCAAUAGCACGUUGUGUUAGCUAAUACAAGUUGAUAAUUUUAAAAGGCUAAUUGAUCAUUAGAACACCCUUUUGCAAUUAUGUUAGCACAGCUGAAAACUUUUGUGCUGAUUUAAGGAAGCAAUACAACUGGCCUUCUUUAGACUCGUUGAGUAUCUGGAGCGUCAGCAUUUGUCGGUUCGAUUACAGGCUCAAAAUGGACAGAAACAAAGAACUUUCUUCUGAAACUCAUCAGUCUAUUGUUUUGAACGGUAGUGUACAUAAUCAUACAAACAGUACACCUGUAUUAUGAUUUAUGGUGAAAACUAGAGUAGUUUGAAGGGCCAUUAAUGGGAGAAGACUAAUUCUGACUUGGAAUGCUUGUAAUAAAUUUACAUGCUAAUGAAAUAUGGGAUAUUUGUGGAUGGAUAUGUUUAUGUACUCUGAAGUGCUCCUUGUCUUGUCCCAUGCUGUAUGUGAGACUCUUCAAUUGUUUGUUGCCAUGCCAUAAAUAAGAAUAUACUACA